UUCAGUUUGAGCCAAAAUGGCAACGUACGGACACCAGUUUCACACUUUGCACUGAUUCUUCAGAACAGCUAGUAAGCUAACUAGCACACCGACAACGCGGAACCGCACAGACCCGAGGCAUAGCUGAAUAUGGCCGAACAUGAGCCGCAGGAAGGCGAACAGGAACUUGAAAAGACAAUCGAAGAGAUCAGGCUGAGAUUCAAGAAUGAGUUACUCAAAGAUACAACAGAGAAAUAUGACCCCAGGGACGUGGAGAGGCUUCUUAAGGACAAUGCUCUGGUGGAGAGCUACCUGGCAUGGAGACUAAACGUUGUUGAUGAUGCCUUGAAGAUGAUCGAUGAGAGCCUUCAGUGGAGAAGGGAAUUUGGUGUAAAUGAUCUUACUGAAAGCGUAAUUCCAAAAUGGAUGUUUGAAACCGGUGCUGUCUACCUCCACGGCUAUGACAAAGAAGGAAAUAAACUCUUCUGGUUUAAGGUGAAGCUGCACGUCAAGGAUGCAAAAACCGCCCUGGACAAGAAGAAGUACGUGGCCUUCUGGCUGGAGCGAUACGCCAAGAAGGAACCCGGGAUGCUUCUUACCGUUGUGUUCGACAUGUCGGAGUCUGGCUACAGCAACAUAGACAUGGACUUUGUAAAGUACAUCGUUAAUUGCUUCAAAGUGUAUUAUCCAAAGUUUCUAUCCAAAAUGAUCAUAGUGGAUAUGCCGUGGAUCAUGAACGCUGCUUGGAAGAUUGUGAAGACGUGGUUGGGUCCAGAAGCCAUCAGCAAACUCAAGUUUGCCUCCAAAUCUGAGGUCCAGACGUUCAUUGAUCCAGAGUACCUGCCUCCUCACAUGGGUGGAACGGACCCCUUCAAGUAUACCUACCCACCUCUGCCCGACGACGACUUCCAAACGCCCAUCUGUGACAACGGACCUAUCAUCAGUGACGACGACACGGAGAGCACCAUCACCCUGGAACCCAGCAGCACCUCUGAGCUUGUGCCAAAGUCCAAAAAGGUGAAUUUCCUGGAGGACAGUCUGAAGUCGGAUGUCAGCGAGAAAGUAGACACAAAUGUUCGAGUCAAAGGAGCCAGGAAGCCACAGACCACCUUCAAAGGUCCUCUUCUAGAUGUUAGCCCUGCGGAGGAGCUGAUCUUCGGCUCCGGAGAGACUGAAAGGAAAUCUCUAAUUAUCCUGAACAAUGUGACCAAAAAUCAGGUGGCCUUUAAGGUCCGGACCACGGCACCUGAGAAGUACAGGGUGAAGCCCAGCAGCAGCAGCUGUGAACCCGGAGCUUCGGUCGACAUCGUCGUGUCUUUACACGGAGGUUGCCAGGCCUCUCCACAAGACCGCUUUCUGAUCAUGGCUGCAGAAAUGGAAACCGCCGGUUCGCAAGAACUCACUCAAUUCUGGAAAGAAGUACCAAAAACUAAGAUCAUGGAACACAGAUUACGCUGCCAUUCUCUAGAUGUCGUCAAACCAGCGGUGAACCUUCCAAGGGAGAGUUUGUUCGAUGCGUCGAACGGUGGACAGCAGGAGGUCAGCACAGCGCUCAUGAGAGUGAUGGCCUGCAACUCUCGCCUGGAGCAGAAGCUGAACUCGUGUUUGUGGCUGCAGAAGGUUCUCACUGGGAUGGUUCUGAUCCUCGUAGCGCUCAACCUGCUGUGCCUCUACCUGCUGGGGACAGCUCCGCGGACAUCCUGACCUGCAGCAGCGUCCUCCGCCUGCACCUGUCAGCCAGCCGAUGCCGACGGUUCCAGCUGGGGCCGCGGCCGCGGCCAACCACCCGAGGGACGUCCCGAGCUCCCUGCUUGGCUUCACCCCUCCCUCUCCUCAGGCGGAUGCCUCAGAGACAAGCAGGGUGACUUUAAGGACACGUGAGCUGACACGGAGCAAACAUCUGAGGAGAGAUCUCCUCUCAGCUAAACUAAGAGACGAUUCUAGCAGCGCCGAUCAUAGAGUUAUUUAAAUUAAUACAAUUUAUCGCAACAGUUUGUCUAGUCACGAGUCAUUUGUGUAUAAUUUUUAUAUUGUGUGAAUCCACAAAUGUAUUUAAACUGUUGUGAAAUAAACACUUUUUAAUGUUGUAA